GCUGCAGCUGAGCAGAGUGACGGGUCAGAAGGACGUGAAAGCAGCAGCAGUGGAGAGACUUAUCAGGAUGAGCCAAAUGUUGCUUGGAAAGGCAACAAAAGACGAGAGAUGCAGGAUAGGGGUCUUUACAACAAGCAUUCCAGGGAUCACAAAUUAAUCAGAGACUAUGCUCGAUAUCUCCACAUAGACCGGCAGGUUGAGAAUUACACCCAAGAUGUGGACAAUGUAGCAAGGUAUCUCUACUACAUGGACCCCAAUGAACCUUCUCUUCACUUUGUCCUGAACAAAGAGAAGACGCAGCAGUACCUCAGGGACCUGACAGAAGCCGGCCUGAUGAAGCAGACGCAGAUCAACUAUCUGAAAAAUCUCAAAUGUUUCCUGAAAUUCCACACAUAUCACACUGACCUGAAGAAGAAAGACCCCGACCUUCAUGGCCACUGUGUGGAUUUCAUUGAGUUCUUGGGUUUGCAACAGGGGACUUGCGCCAAACAAGUGAGCAAGGAGGUCGUAAGGAAGAGGCAUGGAGCUUUAUCUACAGACUCUCAACGUGCUCCAAAAGAGUGUCAUGGUGUGCUGGAGACUGCAAAGAAGGACUUUUUGGCUGUCAUUUCCAAGGUCUUUCCAGAUGAAACCCAACUCAGCCCCCAAGAAAUCACAUUUGUGGUCUACUACCUUGAGGCCCUGAUCACAUUGAAACACCUGCAGAGGGUUGGUGUGGUCAAGCACAUGACGGUUGAGGAGUGGAUCAAAAGAAGAAAGACAGAUGACGGACAUACCGUGGUUGGAGUGAUGGAGCACAAGACAGCUGCUCAGCAAGUGGCCAUGUUUGCUUUGGAUCAGGAGGAGGAAAUGUGGUGUGAUACCUACUACACCCGCAUCCGACCACAGAUUUUUAGGUCCAAGAGGUGUGUGGCGGACCAGGAUCGUGGCAGGUUUUUCCUCUCUUUGAAAGGGACCCCAAUCUACAACCCGUCAAAUGAUAUCCGGAGACUCCAUGAAAAAUACGAACUAGAACCUGUCACCAACCAAGAGGCCCGUAGGGUCUACGAGACUGCGAUGAAGACAAAGACCGACUCUGAAAGGAACUUGGUUGCAGACUACCUCACGCACUCAAACAUCACAGCUGAGAGGCACUACCGGAUGAAGCUCCCUGAAAACAUUGUGCGUGGCCGGCACCUUAUUGAUUUUGCUGCAGGUGAUUCCAGGUAA